AUGGAACCACUUGUGAUAAGAGGUAGGAAUAGGCAUGGCAAUCCAUAUCAAUCAGUGGACUUUCGAGGUGGUCGCGCCCCAGGGCCAAAUGAUGUUUUUAUCGCGGUGAUGGGAGUAACAGGAUCCGGUAAAAGUUCCUUCAUCUCACUAUGCGCAAGAAAGCGAGUCGAAAUCGGCCACACACUAGGAGCCCGCGCAUCCGUCGUCGACGUCUACGCCUACGAGCUACCAGACCGCACAGUAUACCUCAUCGACACACCGGGCUUCGACAAGAGUCUGGAUCGGAUGCGAAAGGGAUCAGGGAUGCUAGCAGCCAUCAGCGACGGAGAAUCCCACGGAGGAGCAUUAGCAUGGAUUGCCCGCUACAACGAUGGGACUUGGGACACCAGCGAAGGCCUGCUAGAGCGGUAUGAACAUCUAGGCGAGCAGAUCACAUCUCGAGGCUUCCAGAAACUCGAGAUGUGCGUUCUCGGACCAGGCAAUGCAUACUACGCCCGGUGGCAAGAUGGUAGUUGGGCCUGUCAUGGAGAAAGCGAAUACAGAAACGCGAUCAGGACGUACAGCAGCAUAGACGAUGGGUCGACGAUCUUAAAUCUGGCUCUUGGGUACGGGGGCUCAUAUGUGAUUUCCUAUGGGCGCCGUGAUGAUAUGCGGAGGAUCAAAUCUGUUUGGAAUCUGUGCGGGCACUAUGAGCAUCUUGCGAAAUUCUUGGAAAAUAACCACGAUAUAAGCAUUGCGGCUCUUGCGCUUGAUCCGACGACUAACACAUCUUAUGUUAUCAUCUUCGAAGAGACUAAUAGUGUUGGCAGAUGGCACACACGAUGGUAUGGGAUCCGAAGAUUGGAAAAGCCCGUUCGAGACUGGUGGCAUAAAGCAGGAUAA